UGAACUGCUGUUUCUCCAGAACAUGGCGGCAUCCAUACACUUUCCGUGCAGUCACUUCACGUGGUCGUAAAUACUUGGCAAAUAUUCUUGAUAAAUAAACUGUUACGAGAAUGAGCGUAGAAAAGCGCAAAAAGAAUUACUUCCAUAAUUUUGGAAAUAAAAAACAAAAACCAUUUAUUUUAGAACCAGGUAUGAAAGGGUUCUUAUGCACUUGCAAUUUUUCUGAGAAAGAAUGCAUACGAGAUGCAUACAAAAUACUUAAUGAAUUUUCUGAUGAGAUUUAUGGAUCAGAUAUCAUGAAGGUAUCUGACAGAGAUAAUGCCAAACUAUCACCAGGAGAAAAAGAUGAUGAUAUUAAUAAAGCAGAACAGAGUGAUGGUGAAGAUGACAUUUCUACUGCUCUAAAUAAAGAAAUUAAUAAAUUAAAAGCAGAACAUUUAAAACCAGUAAAUGCUAGAAGAUUUCAGGUAGUUCAUACUGGUGUGAAAAACGUGGUUUUCAUAAGAACUACUUUGGAGAAUCCUGUGGAAUUAGUUAGCAAAAUUGUCACUGAAAUGCAUAAAACAAAACAACAGCGUACAAGGUUCUUAUUAAGAUUACUGCCAAUUGAAAUUGUUUGUAAGGCGAACAUGAAUGACAUCAAACUGAAAGCAGAUGCACUGCUUGAAAAAUAUUUUGCACAAGAACCAAAGACAUUUAGUAUUGUAUUUAAUCGUCAUAGCAAUAAAACUAUACGCAGGGGCGACGUGAUCGAAGAUCUGGCUGAUAUAAUAACUAAAAAAAAUCCUGGAAAUAAAGCAGAUUUAAAAAAUCCGGAAUUGGCUGUGAUAGUUGAAGUGAUACGCGGUACUUGUCUGAUGUGCGUUGCGCCUGAUUAUUAUAAAUUCCGGAAAUACAAUUUAAUAGAAAUAUGUAAUUCGAAACAAGCUACAAACGAUGAUAAGAAGGCAGUAACUGCUUCGUCUGAGCCAGAGAAAGAAACAGAAUGUGAUGCAAUGAAUGUAGAAGCCGAAGAAAGUUUAAAUGAAGAGGAUACCGUAACAGAAAAAGCAACUGAUCACGAUGCAGAAAUAAAUGACUGAUGUGCAUGACGUUAAUGUUUAUACUUAUAAAAACUAUUUGUACUAUAUAAGUAAUGGACUAAUAAAUAUUUUGUAUUAAGUU